AUGUCGACCCACAGGAUGGCCGAGCCAGCGGCCUGCUUCCUCAGCCUGUCGGAGAAGCUCGCCGCCAUCUUCAAGCACACCUCCGACCGCAUCAACCAGAUCUCCGAGUCGCUCUCCGCCGCAAUCGACGCCCAACCAGGCCUGCUCCGCCAGCCCGCUGCUCGCCCGGCCAUAAAUCCUCCAGGAAUCAGCCUCCAGCCCAAACUUCCAACGCUGUCUUCGGAGCCCCCGCCCAAUCCCCAGCCCCCUGGCUGCCCGCCGUCACCCACCAACUCCCCCAGCACGCUCAAGCCUCUCAUCGCGCCAAAAAACCCACCCCGCACCCCACCAACACCUUCAGAAGAGACUUUCAAAACCGUCACUGCAUCCACCCAAUCCGAAAGGCGUGUCGAAAAUCGAACAACCAGCGCCCACACUUCACCGCCGCGCCGCAUCACCUCUCCCCGUCAUGAUCCUGAAGACCUCGCACCGAUUACGAAGGAGGAGGAUAGCAACCCUUCGGGUCCUGACCAGGCGCUCUCGGCCCCCGCGCCACCGGCCGAAAGCAGACAAAUUCCAUUGAACCUGCGCGAGCGGAUUGGUCUGCCUCCUCCCCCUCCCCCUCCAGGCCCUCCGCCAACGCAAGCUGGACACGAUCAUAGCGAAUCUCCAGACCCCGCUCAGACGCUCGACCGGCGUACUUCGCCGACCUCUCGCUCGAGCCCCAUGGACAUGAAAGACUCCGACCCUCCCCGCCAAGUCACGCCCCACGAUCAGACGAGAUCGGCGUCGCCCAGAUCCUCCUCUUCUCCGAGGGCCGGCCACUCAACCCGCGACUCCAGCAGCAGAACUCGGUCCAGCUCUCGGCGCCGCUCGAGGUCUCCUUCCAGUCGAUCGUCCGACCAGCGGUACCGCAGGAACAGUCUCAGGAGCCCGUCGCGUCGAGCCUCCAUCUCCCGCCGAGUCGACUCUCGUCCAUACGUCUACGACUCUUACAAGCCCACGCUGAAUCCUCGCACCCGCCGACGCUCUCGCUCGCCACCUAGACGCUCUCGCUCGCCGCACAGACGCUCUCCCUCGCCAAGCAGACGUUCUCGCUCGGCGUACCGACGCACCCCCUCUCCCCGAAGCAGACGUUCACGCUCCCGGAGCAGACAGAAGACGGAGAGGGCGGGCAGCCGGCGGCCGUCGAGUGCCCGGUUCAUCGACCGGAUCGACAGCCGGGAGGACCGGGACUUUGCGGAGUAUCUGGACGCCACUCGGGGCGACCCCAGCUACAAACGGCUCAAGGACAUCAUGCGCUCGCUCCACGGCCCGGAUUACUCCGGCCUGGUGAUCAGCCAAGACCUCUGGGAAACGUUCCGUCGGUUCCGCCGUCGGGCGGACACCCGUGAAGAGCGCAUGCUCCGCCACCUCUACCUCUACCCCGAACUCAUGCACUCCUUCCUCACCUGUGCCCGCCAACGUCACAUCGUCACUUAUCGGCCAAUCGAACACUGUCUCAGUAGGUCCACCGUCAAGCUCGACAUGUCAUGUCGUUCCCCCGGUCCUCGAAGAUAA